CCCGACCGGGACAGUCCCGCAGCCGAGUGCAGCCAGGCGCGCGCCGCCGCCCACUCGCCCUGUGCCGGCUGCAGUCCGAGAGUAGCCGGGGCUGGGAGCGGAGGGGACAGCGGGGAUCGCGAGCUCCUGCCCGAGGGAGCGGGCGUAUCCGCCGCCGGAGGACUACCUGGAGGACAUGGAGGAAAGGGCCGCAGAGACUAACUCCAAUGUGGACAGCUCAGCACAGCCUUCCGUGGCUCAGCUGGCCGGGCGGUUUCGGGAGCAAGCAGCUGUAGCCAGGGAGACACCAGCCAGUAGACCAACCAGAAGGAGACCGCCCUGCUCUCUUCCCCUGUUCCCCCCCAAGGUAGAGCUGGGCCAAAAUGGUGAGGAGAAAUCACCAUACAGCACCAGCCACCCACCUAAAAUCAAGGUGAAGAGCUCCCCCCUGAUUGAGAAGCUUCAGGCCAACUUAGCCUUCGACCCAGCAGCUCUCCUGCCUGGGGCUUCACCCAAAAGUCCUGGACUCAAGGCCAUAGUCUCACCAUUUCACAGCCCCCCCUCCACACCCAGUAGCCCUGGCAUCCGGUCUCAGCCAGGCGAGGCAGAAGAGGUGCCUGUGAGCUUUGACCAGCCCCCGGAAGGUACUCACCUGCCCUCUUACAAUAAGGUGCGGACAAGAGGAUCAAUUAAAAGACGUCCUCCCUCCCGGCGAUUCCGACGGUCUCAGUCAGACUGUGGGGACCUUGGAGACUACAGGGCUGUGGAACCAUCUCAGGAAAAUGGAACCAGGGAAGAGAACGGGAAUGAUGUGUUCCCUAGCAAGAACAAGGCCCCCGGGUCUCCCCCACCCAACCAAGAGGCCUUAGGAGAUGGGGUGGAGGGAACCCUGGGGUCUGCAGAAAAGCCUCUUCGAAGGAGCAACAGCAUGGAGAAGCCAGAAGAGCAGGUUGGGACCGCAGAGGAGGCCAAUGCAGGAGACAAGGCUGGACAGAAUCCAGACACAGCCGGCCAGGGCGAUCUGGAGGCCCCAGAGCCACCCCAAACCUGCAGUAGAGAGGCUGAGAAUGGGACAGCAGCCGGAGAGCAUACAGACACUGAGAAGACCACCGAAGGGACAGCCUCUGAGGAGCGUGUGGCGGAUGAAGAGGAGGGGUUCGGACAGAGCAGCGCAGAUGCCAAGACACCAGAGGAGGGAGCAGUCAGGGAGAAGGCCCCCCAAAGUUCUUCUGGAAGAGUAGAGGGCACCGUUGUCCCCGAGCUGGAGACAAAGCAAAAGGAGAGGGUAUCUCUGGAGCCAGGCUGCAGCCCAGGGGUCGACAAUGUCCCAGUAGAGAGCAGCAAUGAGAUCCAGAAUGAUCACGAAGUCUCCACGGAUGACAUCCCCAUCGAGGACACUCGAAUGUGAUGAAGAGCUCAUGGUGCCGGUGAUGAAGCCACUGGAGACAUCUCCUUGGAAAUGGCAGCAGCAGCAGCAGCAGCAGCAGCAGCAGCAGCAGCAGCAGCAGCACAUGAAGCCACUGCAGAAGCAGAAUCCGCUGGGAAUCUGGAGUCAGCCCAGGAUGCAGGGUGGACCAUCCCCUGUGGGCCGCAGCAAAUGUCUUCUCAUUGGAGAUUCAAGUUGACGGCGGUAGAGUUUUAUCAACUUGAGUGUGAGCCACUUUGACGGACUUGACUCAAAGUAAAACAUAUUUAAAGCAGCGACUUGCUGUCCUCGGCAUUACUGGCCAUCCUCUUGACCCCCCACCUCUUCCUGCAGCUGACCUCCCGUCUAGGCUCUGGUUCUGUUUCUGCAAAGUUACAGCCUUUCCCAUUGUUCUAAACUUUUUAUGGUUCUCAGAUAUAACUUCAAACUAACUUGAGGUAGAUAAAGAAGACCGUCUCGUGGAAAGUAAAACCGUAAAACCCUCCUAAGUUACAGAAGACCUGAAAGCAUCUCAAAGCCCUCAAGAUGAUCUUUCGAUCUUUCCACUUGCUCCAAGGGGGAAAGGGCCAACCAAGUUCAAAAACAUUAGACUCCAAGAGAUAUUUAUUAGAACAUUUCAAAACUUGUUCCUGUCUGUUCCAAGGGCGGGCGCGUUUCUGGUCACAUAAUCUGGCUGAUAACAAGGGGUGGUGACUGGUCCCUCUCAUCCCGUCCUACCACCCUCCCCCCAAGGAGGAGAUGGUGCAGGAACUCCUGUGGAGAGGCAGGAUGCUCACCCCGCCUGCUUUGUGCUUUGUUUCCUCCCCUGAAGGUGCCUACGUGAUGCUGCCAGCAGGAUUGCAGUCUCCCAAGGUUACACUUGAACUCGGGCUGACCUCUGGGAGGUGCCUUUGUUACCCAGGGUUCAGCUUACCUUCUGAGAGCAUCCCUCUUAGCUUCUCUAGAAAUCUUGUAUUUGUUUGCUUUUGUUUUGUUUUGUUUUGUUUUUUUUGUUU